AUGGCAGAGGAGUUGAAUUGCGACCUAGAUGAAGGUUCGCAUCACGAUGGUUCCGAUGGCGGCUCCAAGUCAAGUGCAGAAGAUGCUCAAGAGCAUGCUAAUGACUCAAAAGAAACUUUUCAACCCCCACCCGAGAAAGUGGAAGACGUUUUGGACCUGGACUACGAUGAAGGCUCACCAAAUGGAAAUCAAGAAAGGGCAGAAGAUGGGGAAGAGAGUUCUGAUGGAGAGAUAAAGGACUCAAGUGAUGAAAACAAGAGUAACGCAGCUAACGGAGACAAAGAAGAAGGAGAAAUAGACGACAGUGAUGAAGAUGAUGGUGAAAUAGAGGUUGACGUCGAAAGGACGCGGAAAGUUCCUAUUGAGGCUCGUCUAAGUAGACCAUCUGCUCCUGUGCGAGACAGAUGUGUUAAAGUUCGAGAAUGUCCGUAUGAAAUCAAUGGUUCCUGUACGUGGGGUCCCGAUUGCAAAUAUAUUCAUCGUAAUAAGGAACCCUUAAGACUGUUCAGCAGAGGAAAAGUAGCAGAGGAGACCUCAUGGGAACGUGGACUUCGCGAAGCGCGAGAAGCUAUGCGAAGAGCCUCCAAAAAACGCCAAGAACCUGAAUUUGAGACGAAACGGCUGAAUGCAGCGCCGACUGGAGAGCGUACCCGAACCGUUCACGAUUCAGAUUCCGACGAUGUCUCAUCCCCACACAGGCGAUCACCGCAUUCAUCUCGUCAGCAUAUACCAUCACUGCUGGAAAUUGCCACACUUCCUCCACGUUUCCCGAGCCGAUCAUCAUCGCAUAAAGAUUUGGGUCCACAAGUUCGAUACCCGUGUGGUCGACCACCUCCACCUGCUCGAAGUGAUAGACGAGGUGGAGGUGGUGAUGGUAACAGUCAGCGUCAUUCAUCUUCACGGCAAGAUAAAGUUAAAGAAUCAGCACCACGUUCGCGACGUGAGUCUCCGCACAGCUCCUCGUCCACAAAGGCAAAGUCUCGCACUGGAAGAAUAUCCCCUUCGCUUGAUGCCUCUCCGAUAAGCAGUGACUCCUCACUUUCACCUGCUAGAAGUCCACGUAAAACUGCUAACCCCACUCAUACUGACAAAAAUGUAGACAAGAAAGUUAAAAAGAAAGUUCAAAGUGGGAGUGCUAUGGGUGAUGUGACAGAUCCGUGGGCCCGUAAGAAGAAAGCGACUUCUUGGACGAAGAACAACAAUGAACCAAAAACGAGAGGACGUUCAUCAAGCAACAGCUCGUCGAGCUCAACGAAUAGCCAUGAGAAGCUCCGCCGUGCUGCGGCAGCAAAUCUUAAUCGCAACUCGCGUCUACCUUGUUCACCACCUGUCGCUAAGGUCGAAAGGCGACUUUCACCCCCUAGGGGAGAUAUUGCGGGAUUCCGUAUACCGAAAAAGCACCGCGCCGCAUCAUCUCGCGACCGGACGUAUAGCAGUGCUCGUGGAAACUGUGAUUCUGGCCGGGACGUGGCAUUUUCGAAGAAGUCUAAUGUAGAUUCCCAUUCAUCGAAGAGAUCGGAUUCCAAAAAGAAUCGCGAGCCCUGUAAACUUUCCGACGAUGAAAUGGAGCAGACAAUUGACAGCCGUGGUGCUGAAAAUAUUAGCGAUUCGGAAUCAGCUCAAUCGGUCAGCAGGAGCUCAUCUGUAAUGUCGUCAUCCUCAUCUCAAGGCUCUUCGCAGAGUAGAUCUGCUUCACCUGCGUUACCGGCCAAGUAUCGUGUCCCUGGUGGCAAAGAAGACGCCCCUGCAUCAAUAGAAAAAACCGUGGCUUCCGUAUCGGAUUCGGAAGGCGAAUCAAAGAAAAAGAACCGUUCCAAAGGUGCUUCAAAGGGUAAACGUUCUGGUGCAUCGCCACAUCUUCGUGAAAUAUCACCUUCACCAUCUCCUCCUCCACCACCGCCUCCACCAGAUGAUGCUAAUAGUCGUCGACGGCAGCGCGACAAGUCUGAAACACCUCCUCCACCACCUCCACCUCUUCCUUUGAUAAAUGAAUUCGUUUUGGAAAGGCAGGCGAGAAAAGGGAGAAACGUAACGGAAAAGCGCUCAUCGGCUGAGAAACCAAAACGUGAGAGGAGUCCGCCGAAGAAAAAAGCUAAGGGUAAUCAUGACGGCCUCACAGACAAAGAACGACGAAAGCGAGAGCUCAUGGAACAGUUACGUGCUGUCGAGGAAGAGUUGAAGAAAAGGACUGCAGCGACUUCUGCCUUGUAA